AUGCAAAGUAAGAAGAAUUCUGAAGAAAAAAAAUGGGACACUAUACUUCCACUAAAAGUAAUGAUCUGUCCGACUCGGAAAAGACUAAAUAGUAUUGAGCGUGUUACACAGGUUAUUGCAGAUAUGAUCGUGUCUGAUUACGUACCGCUAAAUAUAGUUGAAGGUCAAAGGUUUCCAGCGACUGCUCCAGAUUACACCGUACCAUGUAGAAAGACAAUUCGAUCAAGGAUCCAGAAACGCUACGAUGUUGAGAGAGACCAUUUAAAAUCUGAACUUGAGUGUGUGUCAUCCGCAGCUAUUACAACAGACACCUGGACCUCCACCUCUACAGAAAGUUAUAUCACUGUAACUGAACACCAUGUUAGUGAGAAAUGGGAACUUAAGUCUAAUGUGCUGAUGACGCGUGCUAUGCCGGAACGCCAUACCGGAGAGAAUCUCGCGAACAGACUGAAGGACUGUGUUUCAGAGUUUGACUUGGAUAGUAAAGUGAAAACUUGUGUUCAUGAUAAUGCGCGAAAUAUGGAUUGUGCUGGGAAAUUAUGUGAGGACUGGGGAGAUCUGGGAUGCUUCGGGCAUACAUUACAGUUGUGCUUAAAACCAGCUAUGGAAUUAACAGCAGUGUCUAAAGUGAUAUCCAGGUGUAGGAAAUUAGUCGGACAUUUCAAGCACUCCACAACACUUACAGCUGAAAUGCACGAACGACAGAAGGCAAUGGGAGUUCCUGAGCAUACGCUGGUUCAAGACGUCGUAACACGGUGGAAUUCUACUUACCAGAUGAUGACCCGUUUAGUUGAACAGCGAAGAGUUGUGUCAGACAUUCUCCUAGAUCCAAAGUUAAGUAAGAAAGAGGACAGUGUUCUAAACUUGAAGGAAUAUGAGUGGGAUCUGAUAGGUGAACUUAGUGACAUUCUUCGCCCAUUAGCGGAUACUACCGAUUACAUGUGUACGGAACGCUGUGUUUCAGUAUCUGAGAUUUAUCCCAUAGUGUGCGGACUGGUGAACAGGCGUCUUGUAGCUUCAAACACGGACAGUAACACUGCGUCGAGAGUGAAAGAGGUGAUACGCGAAGAUUUGAUACGACGUUACCAGCCUUCAUCAGACACGGCGGCAGAGUCAACGGCAGCACUAGGCGCUCUUCUGGACCCACGGUAUAAGAAGUUGCCAUUCUUCUCCUCCCAGCAACGUAAGAUCACACAUGGUGCUCUCGAAUCUUGUCUUGAAGACCUGCCGCUCAGACUUCCCGCCAGUGACGUAAACAACUGCGAGGAAACACCAUCAAAGCGCCGUAAGUUAGACUUUCUCGAUUUCGGUUCACCUGAACGUACCUCAGAGGACGAGGUACAGAGUUACCUAAGUGAAAAAAUGGUGUCGGGCACUGAUCCUCUUCUUUGGUGGAGAGAUAAUGAGGAGAGAUUUCCCAAAAUUGUAAUCGUUGCAAAAAGAGUUCUCGCAGUUCCUGCAACUUCUGUACCUUCAGAACGGAUAUUCAGCGCAACGGGACUACUCAUUAACAAGUUGAGAAAUAGACUAUCUAGCGAGAUAGUGGAAAACAUAAUCUUUUUGAACAAAAAUGAAGUGAACAUUACUGAAGCUGAUUAA